AUGCUGUAUUUUCAGCUUGUCAUCAUGGCUGGGACCGUUCUGCUCGCCUACUACUUCGAGUGCACCGAUACUUUUCAGGUGCAUAUCCAAGGUUUCUUCUGUCAGGAUGGCAAUUUGAUGAAACCGUACCCUGGAACAGAGGAUGAGAGCUUCAUUUCACCUCUUGUGCUCUACUGUGUGCUGGCUUCAACUCCGACAGCUAUUAUUUUUAUUGGUGAGAUAUCCAUGUAUUUCAUAAAGUCAACCCGAGAAACCCUAAUUAUUCAAGAGAAAACUAUUUUGACUGGAGAAUGCUGUUACCUGAACCCACUGCUUCGAAGAAUAAUACGUUUUAUAGGAGUGUUUGCAUUUGGACUUUUUGCCACUGACAUAUUUGUAAACGCUGGCCAGGUUGUGACUGGGAACUUGGCUCCCUACUUCCUGACUGUGUGUAAACCCAACUACACUGGAAAUGACUGUCGGGCCCACCACCAGUUCAUAAACAACGGCAACAUCUGCACUGGGGAUGUGGAGGUGAUUGAAAAUGCAAGGAGAUCCUUUCCAUCUAAACAUGCUGCUUUGAGCAUUUACUCAGCUUUAUAUGCCACGAUGUACAUCACAAGCACAAUUAAAACAAAGAGUAGCAGGCUAGCCAAACCAGUGCUGUGUCUGGGUACCCUAUGUGCUGCGUUCCUUACUGGGCUAAACCGAGUUUCUGAGUAUCGAAACCACUGUUCGGACGUGAUUGCAGGCUUCAUCUUGGGGACUGCUGUAGCUUUGUUUCUGGGGAUAUGUGUUGUCCAUAACUUUAAAGGCAUUCACGGAGCUCCUUCUAAACCGAAGCCUGAAGACCCACGAGGAAUGCAGCACCCACGGGGAAUGCCGCUAAUGGCUUUUCCAAGAGUGGAAAGUCCUCUGGAGACAUUGAGUGCACAGAAUCACUCUGCCUCUAUGACUGAAGUAACCUGAGAUGGAAGACUGGCAACAGAAGCUAUUUUUAUUACCCUCCAGUACAAUACUCCAAGACACACAGUUAUUAAAUGUCUAACUGUGAUGACCAGUAUUAUGUUAUGUCUAGUUUAGAGGCUAAUGUUUUGUACUUUUUUUGUAUGAGGAAGUGAUGUAGCUUGCCCUGAUUUUUUGUCAGCUUUAAUAUUAUGCCAGACUUUAAAAGCAAAA